AUGAGAAGCAAGGAGAAAAAGGCAAUGAGAAGCAAGGAGAAAAAGGCAAUGAGAGGCAAGGAGAAAAAGGCAAUGAGAAGGCAAGGAGAAAAAGGCAAAGAGAAGGCAAGGAGAAAAAGGCAAAGAGAAGGCAAGGAGAAAAAGGCAAAGAGAAGGCAAGGAGAAAAAGGCAAAGAGAAGGCAAGGAGAAAAAGGCAAAGAGAAGGCAAGGAGAAAAAGGCAAAGAGAAGGCAAGGAGAAAAAGGCAAAGAGAAGGCAAGGAGAAAAAGGCAAAGAGAAGGCAAGGAGAAAAAGGCAAAGAGAAGGCAAGGAGAAAAAGGCAAAGAGAAGGCAAGGAGAAAAAGGCAAUGA